AUGACUCUCCAGUUGGAUUACGAGAGCCUUAUCUCGCAUGUGUCCUCGCUGCCUUUGUGGCAGCAGGUCGUUGGCGGUGGUGCCAUUGCGUUGGUGCUGGCCGUGGUGCUCAAUGUCCUGGCGCAGGUGCUCCUGCCUCGGGAUCGCUCGCUGCCCCCUGUCGUCUUCCACUGGUUCCCGGUGAUUGGCUCUGCGGUGACGUACGGCAUUGACCCCUACCGUUUCUUCUUCGAAUGCCGUAAGCAGUACGGUGAUGUGUUCACCUUCAAGCUGCUGGGCCGCAACAUUACGGUCGCGCUCGGCACGAAGGGCUCGAACCUUGUUUUCAACGGCCGCCUGAACCAGGUGUCUGCCGAGGAGGCGUACACGUCGCUGACCACGCCUGUGUUCGGCAAGAAGGUCGUGUACGACGUGCCGAACGCUGUGCUGAUGGAGCAGAAGCGCUUUGUCAAGGCCGGUCUUUCACAGGAGAACUUCCGCGCGUACGUCGACCAGAUUGUGAUGGAAGUCAAGGACUUUUUCAAGAAGGACGAGGCGUUUGCCCCCCUGCAGAAAGGUGCCAAGUCGGUGUCGGUGGACAUCUUCAAGGCGAUGAGCGAGAUUACGAUCCUGACGGCCAGUCGCACGCUGCAAGGCAAGGAAGUCCGCGAGAACCUCGACAAGAGCUACGCGGACCUGUACCACGACCUGGACUCGGGCUUCACGCCGAUCAACUUUGUGAUUCCCAACCUGCCCCUGCCGAACAACUUCCGCCGUGACCGCGCGCAGCGCCUCAUGAGCAAGUUCUACCAGGACAUUAUUCAGAAGCGCCGCGAGGAGGGCACGUCGGACACUGGCCACGACAUGAUUCGUGCGCUGAUGGAGCAGACCUACAAGAACGGCCGCCAGAUCAGCGACGAGGAGAUUGCGCACAUGAUGAUUGCGCUCCUCAUGGCCGGCCAGCACACGAGCAGUGCGACCGGCAGCUGGGCGCUGCUCCGCCUGGCGAGCCGCCCCGAGUUUAUCCAGGAGGUGUACGAAGAGCAGGUUCGUGUCUAUGGCGAGCCGGAUGGCUCUUUCCGCCCUCUGAACUAUGACACGCAAAAGAGCUCGGUACCGAAGCUGGAUGCGGUGAUUCGCGAGACGCUCCGUCUGCACCCCCCCAUCCACAGCAUCAUGCGCAAGGUCAAGACGGACAUUCCCGUCCCCCCUACCCUUGCCGUUCCCAAGGGUGUGGUGCCCAAGGAGGGUGAGAAUGCGCCGUUUAUCAUCCCCAAGGGUCACUAUGUCAUGGCCGCGCCCGGUGUGACGCAGGUUGACCCCAACCUGUGGGACGAUGCCGAGGAGUUCAACCCCAACCGCUGGCUGGACAACUCGAGCGCACACAUGAGCCAGGAGGAUGGCGACCAGGUCGACUACGGCUGGGGUAUGGUGAGCUCUGGCGCCGGCAGCCCCUACUUGCCGUUUGGUGCAGGCCGUCACCGCUGCAUUGGCGAACAGUUUGCCUACCUGCAGCUCGGCACGAUCAUUGCCAUGUUCGUGCGCACCUUUGACUGGAAGCUCGACGGCAAGAUGGCCGAGCCGGACUACACAUCGAUGGUGGUGCUGCCCAAGCCCCCGUCGAACAUUGUCCUGACGCCCCGCAAGUAA